AUGGAUAUUGAUCUAUCCCUCAAAAUAGAUGCUGAAAGCGAAGUAGAAGAAGAUGGAGGUGAAGACAAACAAGAUAAAAAAGGAGAGGGAAAUGGUCAAGAAAAGGAGGUAGAUAGACAAAACAUACAAGAUAUCAAUGAACCUGCAGGAAGAAGAGGAGAAGCAGAAGAUGAUUCAUCUGUUGAAUUAUCCCUACAAGAGAACAUGAAAACUGAAGAGUUAUCUGGUUUACAGAUGGAGAUGAGUCGCAUGAAAGAAGAGAACCAAGUCUUAAGAAAAAUAGUAGAGCAAACCAUGAAAGAUUACUAUGAUCUUCAAAAGAAAUUCACUGCUUUUCAGCACAAUAUCGGCCAGAAGAAGGAUCCGCAAAUCUCUCUGGGGCUUAAUGCUAAGGAAAACAAAGCUGUUCAAGAAGUGCCAAAGGCAAUAUCCAAACAGGUAGAUUCUAACUAUAAUCAAAGACACCAGGCAGCAUCAUCUACGAAAGAUGAUCCUGAAGGAAAAAGUGAAUUAGGGCUGUCCUUGAGGCUACAAACAAGUACAAGUCAAGAAGAAAGAGCAAAAGACCAUACGGAAGAGAAUAAGGAAGAUCACGUUGCAAACUAUGCCCCAACAAUAUCACAGAAUAAUAAUAAGCUUCAAAGAACAGACUUGGGAGGAGCUGGAAUCACUGCUCAUGGUGCUUCUUUAAACAACAGAAAAGCUAGGGUUUCAGUCCGUGCCAGAUGCCAAGCAGCAACUAUGAAUGAUGGCUGCCAAUGGAGAAAAUAUGGGCAGAAAAUUGCCAAAGGAAACCCUUGCCCACGAGCCUAUUACCGUUGCACGGUAGCUGCAGGAUGCCCAGUUAGAAAACAGGUGCAAAGAUGCCUAGAGGACAUGUCGAUUCUGAUAACAACCUAUGAAGGAACUCAUAAUCACCCACUUCCAGUGGGAGCAACAGCCAUGGCUUCGACAGCCUCAGCAGCAGCUUCCUUUAUGUUACUAAAUUCCAGCAACCCUCUCUCUGAUGGCAUGAUGAUCAGUACAGAACAUAAUUCCCUCCCAUACCAUGCCUUGAACCCACAAUAUUCAUCAAACUUUAGAAGCAUAAACCCCAACGAUCCUUCUAAAGGGAUUGUUCUUGAUCUUACACACGAACGAGAUCGAUCGCUACUGCAAUACCCAAUAAUGGCUAGCUCUUCACGGUAUUCUCCUUCUUUGGCUCACGAUCAGUUCUCCACCGCGUUUUCUAAUUGGUCCCAAAGCCGAUCAAGCACUUACCAACAUAGUGCUAAUAUUGGUGGCAGUAAUUUUGGUGGCCCUAGAGCGCAUGAAGAUAAGUUGCUGCUGGCUGAAAAUGUGACAGCAAUUGCUUCGGAUCCAAAAUUUAGGGUUGCUGUUGCGGCUGCUAUCACAUCUCUCAUUAAUAAAGAAAACAGCAGCAGUCAUUCUACAGGACCAUCUUUUGUUAAUAGGGAAGGCGAGAGUGGCAGCUCUACAGGCAAGCAACAACAGCAGCAGAAACUUUCCAGUCCUUGA